AUGCGUGUGUACGCUACCAUCUUCGCGGCCUUGAUGGCUUUGCUCGUGGCUGGAGGUGCUGUCUUCCAGUCUACUGGCACCAGCGUCAUCGAUGCCCCAUCUGAUCAGUACUCCUUCAUCAUCUACGGUUCCGUCAUCGCUCAUAUUCAGGAGAUUCUCCCUCACAACGCCAUCCACAUCGUCGACGGCGUGGUUUAUCUCGACGAUGAUCAGGUUGCUGCUCGUGAUGUCUACUUGAGUGACCCUGCUCCUCUCUGCACCUGCGAGCCCACUGUCAUACCGGCCACGGUCCCCGAGACUCUUGGCACUGCUACCAUUCUCACCACUGCUGAGGCCCCCUCUGUCGUCUCUUCUCUGCCCGCUGUCACUCCCGGCCUGUCUGGCUUGACACUCUCCCAGUCGCAGAUCACCACGGUGGAGGCUCCCUCCACUGCCGGCAUCACGAUGACCAGCACCACCAUCAGCAUCACUCACUCUGCCGUCUUGACUGGCAGCAACGUGACCAGCACUGGCGCGUCCCCGACCUCCUCGACCGUGCCGACGGAGACCCCGGGCAACGGCGUCCAGAAGCACGCCAUGGACAUCGUCACGACUGUCCUGGCCUUCAUCCUCGCCGGCUUCGUGCUUCCUUUCGUGGUCUAG